UCCGUAUUGAGAAAAUACAAUUCGCAAAAACUCGCGAUGAUUUACCUCUUUGUCUAUUUGAUUCUGCAAUUCUUAUCUUCCAUUUACCUCCUCAUCCAAUGUGGAGGUAAAAAGAAAGCCAAGAAAGAGGAGCCUAAGCCUGCUCCACCAGCAAAACCAGCUGAGAAGCCGAAGGAGGGAGAGAAGAAAGAAGGAGAGAAGAAGGAAGGAGAGAAGAAGGAAGGAGAGAAGAAGGAGGAAGAAAAGAAGGAGGGUGAGAAGAAAGAGGGAGACAAGAAAGAAGAGGAGAAGAAAGAAGGAGAAAAGAAAGAAGAAGGGAAGCCAGAAUCAUCAAAGCCCGAGGAAAAGAAGAGUGCUGAGAAGGAAAAGGAAGAGAAGAAAGAGGGAGAAGAGAAGAAGGAAGAAGGUGAAAAGAAGGAGGGAGAAGAAAAGAAGGAAGGAGAAGAAAAGAAGGAAGGAGGAGAAAAGAAGGGAUCGGUUCGCAUAACAUUAUCUCUUUCAAUAACGCAAACUCUAAAAAGAUUAGAAGCCGUUAGGCUGCUUGCAUCCUUCCUCGUUGUUUGCAACCGGAAUUUUGCGAUAUAG